AUGGAAUCAUCUAUGACUAUCGAAGAACUCAUUCAAGAAAUAGAUCAACCUAAUCUUACCAGUUGGAAAUUAUUUGCUAAAGGCUCAGGUGUAAAUGUCUAUCGACGAACUGAUGAUGACCAUAAAUUAGUACAAUAUAAAUGUUUUUCACAUAUUCCUGAUGUAACACCUGAAAUAUUCUACAAAGUUGCACUUGAUGUAGAAUAUCGAUUAGUGUGGGAUAAAUAUCUCAAAGAAGCAAAAGAAAUAAGUGAUGGAGAAAAAAAUGGUGUUUAUUGGCAAGUGGCAAUGCCAUUAUUCAUUGAUAACCGUGAUUAUACAUUUGUUCGAGACUAUGGCGAAUAUGACAUUGGUAGUCGGCAUUUUUAUUAUGCAAUGACACGUACAGAACCAUUUCAAAGCAUACCACCAAGAAAGAAAAUUGUACGUAUUGAAACUUGUCAAUCUCAAACAUUACUUUGUUCAGAUGGUGCAAAAGGUCUUAAAUCUGUCUUUUUAUACAUUGAAGAACCCCGUGGUAAUGUUCCAAAAACCCUUUGGACUUGGGUUGCUAAAUUCGGUGUUCCAAUGUAUUCAAAAUUAACACAUAAUGCGUGUAUAGCUUAUCCAAACUGGAUUAAAGAUAAAACCACCAAAGUACCUACUGUGGCUGAAGACGAAAUCGAUGAAACAGCAGCUGCUGCUAUGAUAACUGUAGAAAAUGAUUUAGUAAAUAAUGAUGAUGAUGAUGAUGAUGAAAUUCAACAAGAAAAAUAA